AAAGAUUGUGUGGAUUAUUUGCCACUUUUUCCUAAAAACCUCAGAUAAACGAAUUCAAGUUCAAGGAAAGAGAUGAUAAUACACAAUUCAUGGGCAAUUUCAACUCCACAAACACACAAAUUGGCCGCUUUAACCACCUCGAUUCUGUUUCCCAGAAGGAAAAGUUGUAAUCUUUACCGUUGUGUGAAGAAUCAGAAUCAGUAUAUAACACCUCAAGAACAAAAUCACCAGCAGCAGAAGUUUACGACUCUCCUUUCCCCUCGCAGCCUAUUUCCACCGAGGGUUUAUGUGGGAUAUUCUGUGUAUAAAGGGAAAGCUGCUCUUACAGUGGAACCUCGGCCUCCGGAGUUCUCUCCUUUAGAUUCUGGGGCGUUUAAGUUGUCGAAAGAGGGCUAUGCUCUGCUCCAGUUUGCUCCUGCAUCUGGCGUUCCACAAUAUGAUUGGAGUCGGAAACAGGUAUUCUCAUUAUCAGUGACUGAAAUUGGACACAUUAUCAGCCUAGGUGCAAGAGACUCUUGUAAAGGAAAGAGCGAUGAGGGAAGAGUGAGGAAAGUGUUGAAGGUGGAGCCUUUGGCCGAUGGUUCUGGCCACUUCUUUAAUCUAAGUGUUCCAAACAAGAUCAUAAAUGUGGACGAGAACAUUUAUAUCCCCAUCACGAAGGCCGAAUUUGCUGUUCUUGUAUCAUCUUUUAAUUUCGUACUACCUUAUCUAUUGGGUUGGCAUACGUUUGCAAACUCCAUAAAGCCUGAAGAUUCAAAUCGUCAAAGCAGCACGAAUCCUAGAUCUGCAGACUUCAAAUGGACCAGAUAGAGUACAUAUCUUAACUCCCUAAGAGUGCUUUUAUAUUCUCCUGACUUAUUGCUCGGUGUUUGUUUUCUGUUACAUUCGCGACAGUUUCUCUCAUCAUGCAAAUCUAUUACUCUGGUUAUAUCUGCA